GGAGAUUCGUACUUUCUUGCACCGCAGAUCUUACGGUACCAUACUCCUGCUUGAGGCUGAAUAGUAAGAUGAGCGACGAGCGCGACGACCGCCGAGACGACCGCGACGACGCGCCUCGCGAGCGCGUCCGUGAGGAGGACACGUGCUCUCUCCUCAUCCGGAACCUGCGCUACGGUGAGCAACACGAGAAUGGGAAGCAAGGAGAGCGAGGAGUCGACAGAGACACGACCACAGACAUGAUGGAGCGUCUGUGGAAUCUGGUGUGUGCAGAGACGUCCCCUGAGAUGGUUCGGAAGGAGUUUGAGCGUUUCGGUACGGUUCGUGACGUGUAUCUGCCCCUCGACUACUCCACCCGCAAGCCGCGCGGCUUCGGGUUCGUCGAGUUCAUGUCGAGGGACGAUGCUGAGAGAGCCAUGGACGAGAUGAACCAGGUAGGGGAGGGUGGGUGCGUGGGUGGGGCACACAAACAGCAGAGCAGGACGGCAUUGUGGUGGUCUUGCUGCUGCCGUGUGUCAGAGUACGUUUGACGGCAACACCAUUAGCGUGAUGAGGGCUCAACACGGACGCAAAUCGGUCAGUCAGCAGGCGAUCUUGACGCCCGAGGACGGAACGGAAGAGUCCCUCUCACACACCAUCCUUCUCCCUCCCUUGUGUGCGUCUCCCCUUUCCUCCAGCCCGGCGCCAUGCGCAACCGAAUGCCCUCGGACGGCGGCGGGUCAGCUCAGCAGCAGACGAAAGAAAACAUCAAACGUGCCUUUGUUGAUGCGAUGCCGACACGUGUGUGUGACAUUUGUGUCUAUUGCUCUGUGUGCAGGCGUCGUGGCAGUGGCGGUGGCGGUGGGUACGGUCGUGACCGUUACCGUGACCGCAGUCGCUCGCGCGAGAGGGACAGGGACUACCGCCGGCGAUACGAUGACGACGAGUACGACCGCCGCCGCCGCCGCUACGACGACGAUGACCGAGACUACAGGCGCGACCGUGACGACCGCGAUGGGUCGGUGGGUGGGACAGACAGACAGACAGAUUCUCAGCCACACACGCACACACACACACACGCACACAAGGUUGUGUGACAUGGACGCAUGGCAUGAGGUGUUGGUCGUGUGUGUCGCUUUUGGCUGCAGGGACCGUCGUGGCGGUGGUGGUGGCGGGCGUGACUAUGCCUACGACAGGCGUGAUGACCGUGACCGCGAGGAGAGGAACGGCUACCACCGUGACGACCGACGCGACGACCGGUGAGCACAUCUGCUGGGUGGAGGGCUGGCUGGGCAAGGGCCAAGGAGGGGAGCAAGGACGGAGCUCUAAGCAGCAAGACAAGAGAGGCCAGGCCAAGUCAAGUCGAGCCAAGCAUGAGCAGCUGCCUGCCAUUAACGUAGAAGACUCAAGAGAGAAGAUUUGAUGACUGAUGCCUGAAUGGGGCACGGCACGUUGAUUGAGUCAGAAGAUUUGCAAGCUGGCCGGCUGGCUGGCUGGGUGGCUGGCAAGGCCAAGACAAGAGCCCAGAAGACAAGACAAGCCGUGUGGUGUGCAUGAGAGACUGAUACCUACUGACUUACUGACACAAGACACACCACACCGACAGACAAGACACACAAGCAAGCAGCAGCGAGAGAGGGGACGGACGGACAAGGUGUCAGUCGGUGGGCUGGCUCACGAACACGUCAUGUGUCUAUGUGCAUGCGCUGCAUCGAUGUCAUCUCUUUGUGCGCUUCAAUGUGCCCUCAUUCUGUUUCUCUGUCUGUCUGUCUGUCUGUCUGUCUGUGCGUGUGUCUGUGUGUGCAGCGACCGUGACUGAGCAAGGCGUACACACCAAGACCCAUCACACCGACCACCGUCAUCCCAGGCCAAUGUGGUGGCGCGGAGGCAUGCAUGCUGGUGUGGACGUGGAUGAAUGGAUGUGUGUCCGCGGAUGGAUGAAUGGACGGCAGUGUUGGACUGAGUGGCCUGCCUGGCUGCAGACUUAAUUUGGGGAGGGGAUGGCUGGC